GGCGGGCCCUCGGGGCCGGGCGGAGCGUGCGCGGUGCGGAGCGGCUGGUGGCGAUGCCUCGCUGGGCCGGGCUCCUCUCCACCGCUGCCAGAGCCAGCCUGCUGCUGCUGCUGGGCUCCCUGCUCUUCUCCUGCCCCAGCCUGAGCCACAGAGCACCUGAGUUUGCCCUUACAAAAAUAGAAGAGAGCGACAUAAAAGAUGACAGUGGGAAGGAGCCGGUGACAGAGGAUGACGCUGAUCCUGAGGACCUGGAAGUGUUUUACCCCACGGAUCAGUGGCAAUCCCUGCGUCCAGGUCAGGCUGUUCCGGCAGGAUCACACGUGCGGCUGAACCUGGAGACUGGAGAGAGAGAAGCCAAACUCCCAGACAGAGAAAAUGGGGAAAGUGGAACAAAAGAAGAGAGAAGAAGGAAAAG